AAAUGAACAAGGCAAAAAGAACAAAUUUUUGUCGUUGGAUGCAAAGCUUUGACGUAAAUCUCAGUUCAUCCUCAAACCUUGCCGUACCCUUUUCGAUCUCUUGAUUUCUUCUUUCCCAAUUUCCUUUAUUUUCUUCUUUUUGUGUUUCGAUUAUCGGGCUUUCGGGAACCAGAUGUGGGAGCCGAUUUGUUUAACUUUGGCGGCCGCCGCAGGCAACAACAUCGGCAAGGUACUGCAGAAGAAAGGCACCGUCAUUCUUCCUCCCCUCUCUUUCAAGCUCAAGGUGAUUAGGGCUUAUGCUUUUAACAGAGCUUGGAUCAUAGGUUUUCUGAUGGAUAUAUUUGGAGCUGUGCUAAUGCUGAGAGCGCUAUCCCUCGCCCCUGUAUCUAUUAUUCAACCAGUUUCUGGAUGUGGGCUUGCCAUCCUCUCUAUAUUUUCACAUUUUUAUCUGAAAGAAAUAAUGAAUGUCGUCGAUUGGAUGGGGAUUACGCUUGCUGGCAUUGGCACCAUAGGGGUUGGUGCUGGGGGCGAGGAGCAAAAUGCCUCUGAGAUAUCAAUUUUCCGCUUACCAUGGCUAGCAUUCUUCAUUACCAUCUUGUUUGUUCUUCUUAAUGGAUGGCUUCAUUUCUACAAACGUCAAAGGAGAGAACAAGAGUUGAUGGAAUUUGAAGUUGUUGAAGAAAUAAUAUAUGGUUUGGAAUCAGGCAUUUUGUUCGGGAUGGCAUCUGUAAUAUCGAAGACCGGAUUUUUAUUCUUGGAGCAGGGCUUCCACGAAAUAUUAGUUCCUAUAUGCAUCCUUAUAAGUAUUUGUUGCAGUGCUACAGGAUUUUACUAUCAGACUCGAGGACUAAAACAUGGGAGGGCCAUUGUAGUAUCUACAUGUGCUGCUGUGGCGUCUAUUAUUACUGGUGUUGUUGCUGGUAUGCUUGCUUUGGGUGAAGAAUUGCCAUCGUCGCCAACCGCUCGCCUUUUCCUUCUGCUUGGAUGGCUGCUAAUCAUCGUAGGAGUUAUUCUGCUUGUGAGUUCGUCACGACUGAUCCGACGUCUUACGUGGCUGUACCGUCGUUUCAAGCAAAGUGGCACCGAUAGGAACUUUGGGCAGAGAUCUGGAUCAUCUGUCCGUAUAAGAGAUUCAAGUCCAAGUGCUAUCAUUCAGACAACCACGUUACACAAUUUGCUAUUGUCAAAAGCCAAGGCCGACUCUUGAAGAACAUGGAGACGGUUGAUGUAUAGAUACUAAUGUGGGAGAUCAGGUAUGAACAUAUGCUGAUCUGGGUUGGAAUCUGGCAAUGCUCUUCACUUUCUGGUGGGUGUAUGUAGAGUAUAUCUUCUUUUCUUAGGCACCACAUUUUGUGAAAUCCCCUUUGGUUGUUCCAAUGUUUAAGAAUAUUUCUUAAUAUCCAAUUACACCACUGUUCAUGUCAUGAGUUGAAGGACUUCUUGAAUUUAAUCUAAUUGUUCGGAUCUCUAAAAGGUUCAAAAUUUGAA